AUGGCACCCAACCCGAAUUGGCCUGCGGAAAUUCCCAUCCCGGACGCAACCCAAGAAUUCCGCUCGCCAGACGUCAACACAACCACCCGCGCCGACUUUACAGACUUCUUUCUGCGGUUCCGCCACGCCGAGGACGCGCACCCGCACUACAGGCACCUGUUCAACGCGCACCAGCAGCUCCGCAAGCUGCUCAUCGAGCAUCCGGCCAUGCAGCCCAACCUCGACCAGACGUUCAACACGCCCGCAAACAGUAAGAACAUGGUGUACUUUAUGUGGGAUUUCGUGAUCCGCACGUUCCAGAUCUUGGCCGCCAAGGUGAAGCCCCAGGACCCCAAGUCGUCGCCCAUGUACAAGGACGUCCUGGGCCGCUCGGUGCAGGCAAAGAUGCUGAUCACGGACGAGACUGGGAUGAUGGCCGCGAUGGUUGGGGGUGGCGGCGGUGUGUCGUUUACAGAUGAGAUUAAGCAGCUACCCAGGUCACUUGACGAGUUUCCGUCAGCUGCCUUGACCAUGGCAAAAACAAGCGAAUCACCCCCUUCAUCCGCGCCGCUUCGGCUCAGGACGAAGUCUGGCACAUUAAUUAAGAGAACCAUAGCCCUGAUUAUCAUGAUCGUAUCAUUGUUCCUGAUUGAUUACCUGCCUCCUUUGCCAACUUGGGUCACAAGAAAUCAUAAACAAAAACCACAGAGCGGCAGCAUCUUUGAUACCGACUGGGGCGCCAUCGCGCCCAGCGAAAAGCUAAGAUGGGUUCCUUGCUACAGAAGCAUCCCGCUCAAAUUAUUAUGCGCACGUCUUACGGUGCCCAUGGACUACAACCGCCCACUCAAAUCCUCGUCGGCCAAUCCCAAGGUCCACAUUGCCCUGGUCAUGCUUCCCAGCAAAGGCCAUUCGCUCCGCGACCCAGCCAGCAAGUUCUCCGUCUCGCCCCUCAUCGUCAACCCCGGCGGUCCAGGUGGCUCGGGCGUGCAGGCCGUGCUUUCAGCAGGAGAAAGGCUAUCGACCAUGGUCAGCCUAGACCGCGACAUCGUGAGCUUCGAUCCUCGCGGCGUGGGCUUCACCUGGCCCCUCGCAGACUGUUUUCUCGACGACCACGGCGUCGACGACCCACCCACCCCGGUGGAGCGCAACACGGCGCUGCUGCACAGACUGACCUAUGCGCUCCAGGUGGCCGAGAUUGGGCUGGCUAACUCGUCCGACAAGUCCUUGGGGCAAUACGUCACCAGGAUGGCGGGUCUUACUAGCCUUUGCGGGCAAAAGGAUGGACGUGACAGUAUCUUGAGACAUAUCGGCACCCCAAACGUGGCCAGGGAUUUGCUGAGCAUAGUAGAGGCCUGGGACUUGUGGAUGGACGAGAGAGCCAAGGCCCAACCACCUCAAGAUGACAGUGCCGAAAAGCUCGUCGCGUCGGUCCAACCAUCUAAAGACUCCCGACUUGACACGCGCGGCAAAUUGGUCUACUGGGGCUUCAGUUAUGGCACAGUCCUGGGAGGCACAUUUGCUUCCAUGUUCCCCGACAAAGUUGGUCGUAUGGUACUUGAUGGUGUUAUAAGUCUGGAUAUAUACCGUAAAAAUGAGAUUGCUGCCUUCAUCACAGACGCAGACGCAGUCUUCGAUUCUUUUUUCAGGUACUGCUAUGAGGCUCGUGAGAAAUGCUUCUUUUACCGCCCGGGCCAGGAGCCCAAAGAUCUGAAGCAGCGAUACAAUAGCAUCAUGUCGAAACUGAACAAGGAACCCUUGAUCGUGACAUCUACCGAGGUGCGAAUGCCCAUCGUCGUCAGGGCCAGCGACAUACAUACCGUCAUGUUCAGGUGGCUGAGCGUCCCGACGACAGCAUUCCCCGUGCUCGCCCUUUUGUUGGGCUUCAUUGAGCUCCAAAUGGACCCCAGCAAAUUAGUGAUCCCGCCAGACCUGAGUCCCGUUUGCUCUCCCAAGUUCCAGCCGGUGCAACAACCUAACGAUGCCAACUUGGGUAUAAUUUGCAGCGAUCUGCGAUUCAAUUGGAAUGAGUCUUUGACCGACUUGCAGGAAUCCUUCGAGAAGCUGGCCGAGACUUCUAGCUUUGCUGACUAUUGGGUGUUGCAGAUGGCAGGAUGCAUUGGUUGGAGAAUAAAUCCUGUUGAUCCUCCCGGCUUCGAUUUGGACACGACCAUGCCACAGGAUGGCGGGCCAGCAAUCAACACGACAUUCCCCAUCCUUUUCGUUUCCAACACGUUUGAUCCCGUCACGCCGAUGCAGAACGGGCUGGCAAUGAGCCGCCGCUUCGUCAACGCUGGGUUUUUGGAGCAGCAGAGCGAAGGCCAUUGCUCCAUUGCCUCCAUAUCCUUGUGCACCAUGGGCAAAAUCAAGGCAUACUUGAACGACGGCAUAGUGCCCCCUCCACCUAAAUUUUCCGAGGAUGGUGGUGUCAUCGAGGCAGCACGAAAGGGUGAUUGGGAUAGGUGUAAAGCCGACGAACACCCUUGGAAGCCGUUUGGCGGGACAAAUGGCAGCUCCAUGAGUUUAAAUAUUCAUGACAUGCGCUUCGUGAAGGCAUGGAGAGAAACGCGCGAAGGUAUCCGAUUCGACACGUCUACCUUGGGACCCAGACAAGAUUCUGGCCCUCUUCAAAAGCUCUUGGAUAUGAGCCUCGAUUCCCUGGAGGAGAAGUUAACGCAACUGAUUAGUACAACCAGAGGGGCCAGGCAAAGCUGGUGA